AUGACCUCAUUCUUUGGUCAGGGAGCCUGUCAAGCCAUCGAAGAUGCAACCGUGCUCGCAGACUCGAUUGCCGACUUUCUUGAAGGUGACGCCUCCGCCCUGAAGUCCUACUCUCGCCUUCGGGAGCGGCGCGCUCAAGACGUAGCCUCUUUCUCGGCACGCUAUGCUCAAGUGCACACGGCCAAAUUGCCGCUGGGCACGGGGAAAAUGGUACGAUCUUUGAUCUACCAAUGGGUGCCGAGCAGCGUGUGGAUGUGGUACCUAGGGUGGCUGUACGGACACCAGCCAGUGUCGAAGAGACUGGCACAAAUUCAACGGGCAGACGGAGGAAGCAAAAAGAACAACUAA